AGGGCGCAGCAGCCAAUCAGCGGCCAGCCUCACCCACCAAUCACAUUCGAAGACACAAGCGGGGCAAAUAUGGCGGGCAAUAAGCAGGAAAACAAGAAUUGUAUCACGUUGAAAGGCUCUGCCCAACUCGUGUCAGAGUUCUUCUAUUUUGGGAUCAACAGUAUCUUGUACCAGCGAGGCAUCUAUCCCUCCGAAUCCUUCACCCACAAGCGGCAAUAUGGCUUGACGCUCCUGAUCUCCACGGAUGAUGCUGUAAAAGACUUCCUUGAUAAAACCUUGGCACAGAUCAAAGUGUGGCUGGAGGCAGGUGAAGUGCAGCGGCUGGUGCUGGUGGUGACCAAUGUGGACACCAAGGAGGUCUUGGAGCGAUGGGACUUCAACAUAAAACAUGAACCAGGCUUUGGACCACAGCACAUCAAGGAGGGUAAAGUUGGAGAGAAGGACCUGAAAGUAAUCCAGAAUGAGAUGCGUGAUGUAAUUCGGCAAAUUACGGCUUGUGUCACCUUCUUGCCCCUAUUGGAUUGUGUGUGUGCAUUUGACUUGUUAGUUUAUACUCACGAGAGUGCUGAUGUGCCAGACAAGUGGGCAGAGUCUGCUCCAUGCUUUAUUGCCAACUCUCAAGAAGUUCGCUUGAAAUCUUUCUCUACUUCUGUCCACAAGGUGGAAGCAUGUGUUAGCUACAAAACCGAUACAUGAAAAUGUGAUUUUCCUCCCAUGAGAAAUCAGCAAUGGUCAGUCAUUACUGGUAUACCUCCAGUUACAUGAAAUGGAUAGGUUGACAGCACAUUAUUUUGAAUUAAUUCAGUGUAGUGGUGUCUUCAUAAAAGUCAGUUUGCUGGCUGAUGAUUUUUAAAUGGUUAACUGUAAUUUAAAAAUUUUCUCAAUUAGGCUUUCUUUCAGAGACUUUAUAAACCUCUAAAUAUAUUUAGUGAUGCCAUGCUGGAUUAUUCUGUAACUGAUUGCAUGCACAUGUACAGGUAUAAAGCAAUCUCAACUUUUCCUUGCAAAUUAGAACAAAGAAUGUUACUGUAUUUUACAGAUAUGCAAUGAAUGUGAAUAUUGAUGUGAUCAGCCUCUUAUGUCCAUUUCAGGGUUUUAUUUACAGAUAAAAGCUUACCUGUUUUAUGAGCAAACUCUCCCCUCUUCUGUAUGAUUGGUUAUGAUGUAUUUCGGCUAGUAAUCAAACUUUGAUGUAUUUCUUGGUGGUUUCUUCCAUUGAAGUGACUUCCAUCCCCAGCCACUUCCAUAGAAGUGGCUGGGGAUGAGGAGGGAUAUACAUUGCUUUACAUUAUUUGUUUUAACCUAAUUUAGGUGGAACAAUAAUAGAUAGUUGUAUUUUUGUACCUUAUUGGGCUAUUUAGCAAAACAUGUGUCAACUGAUGUUUGUUCUGAAAAAUACAUCGGCAUAAUAUUAUUUUUGUGAAGUGGAGACAGUUCGAUACUGUCCCAUAGGGAAAAUUCUGUUUUGCUUGUGAGAAAUAGUUUUGUGUAGUAGACUGCUGAAACAAGUCGAUUAAGUUUUCACACAUUCCUGUUUAAUGUUAACCAUUUUCUUUGAUAUACACUUCUUCAGUUGUAGAGUAUGCAGAAUGUUCGGCCUGGAUGCUGUUUGUGGUGCUCUGCUUAUUCAAAGUUAUCAGCUUUUGAAAGAUCUAUGCAAUUCAAACAAGAUGGAAAGGAAAUACAAAUCUGAAUGUUAGUGAAAGUUUCUUAAUGUGUGACACGUAUGUACUGGAAGCAGUUCAGGUUGAUAGUGUAGGCACAGAUGUCAUAGGGGAGGGUGACUGGUGAAAGUAAUGUAAAUGUCUGAUAAAUGUCUGAAUGGCAAGUUAUUAGGUUAUUGUAUUUUGGCUGUAGUGUGACAGGGAGCAUUGUUGCGACGUGUGGCCAAGGGGUAGGUGUCCUUAUAUCUUUGUGGUGUUGGUAGAUUUGUCAACUAGUUUACAUAGUACAGGCAAGAGUAACAAGUGUUUGGGUACAAGAUGGUGUCUUGAUGGUAAUACUAUGCCUUGUUAAUAUUUCUUACAUGUACAUAGCUUACUCAAAGCCACUUACCAAAAUGAUUGUGUAGCUUUUAUUGUUGAUGGGCUUUUGAUGAUGUAUGGUAUAACCUUGAUGGCAUUCAGAACAAUGCUUACAAUUCUAUUUAAACACAAUAUCAAUCAUAGACAGGUCAAAAGAUAACAUAUAUGGCAGCCAUUUUAAAUUUUAACACUUUCUGUAUACAGUACAUCAUUCCUUUUCUAACAAAACCUAUAUUUAGUUUCACACCAAUAAUGGUGGACCAUUAGGUAGAUAUGUUAAUUUGUCAUUUUUCAAUGUGCAAUAUAUUAACUUCAUUGGUAAUUUUACUAGUUCUUGAGACAAUGACUAAGUACAGCUUUUUUCUUAGUAAUUUCACACUUGAGAAACCCUACGAAUGUUUCAUAGGGUUUGCGCCUUCAAUCCCGAUAGCUGUCACGAAGCCUGCAUCAUGGUCUAGCUGCAGCUGUGCUUGCUAGUUCUUUGGUUUGUGAUUUUUGUAACAUGGAAUGUAUAGAAAGAUUAAUUUUGGCAAAUAAUGGUGGCCUUAGUAUAUUGAGUAUCAUGGUAAUAUAUAUAUAUUUUAUAUGUACUCUUGUGGGUCUUCUAUAGAAAGUGUCAUGUAAACAACUGAUAUUUAAUCUAUUUUUAACUAGAGUAUAGCAUGACACGUUAUAAUAGCCAUUCCACUGCUGCUACCUUGAGGCACACGUGCCACUCUGCCCCCUCAGUCUAGCGUUGCGUGCCGCCCCGCCCCCUCAGUCUAGUGCUGUGUCAAUGCAAACUCUAGUUUUCUUGGGCAGCAUUACUAGUAAUAUACUGUCUUAUUACCUAGUUUCAAUUCCAUUUUUUAUCACUUUUUUUCACUAGUUUUGUUAAUUUUUUUUUUUGUGAUGUGCAGCACAAUACAGGACUUUUAAUUAGCCGAGGUGUUUAAGUGUUAUGCUGUCUUUCAGCGUUGAUAUGCAGGCACACAAUACAGUGUUAACAUUCCUAUUAUAUUAAGGCAUUAAAAGCACAGAUGUGCUCACUUAUAAAACCAGAAUAAUUAUAAGCUUCCCAUGCCUAUUAUGGUUUAUAACACUGAAGCAACAUUAUUUUUCCAACUGAGGGAAGAUGUUUCAUCAAAGACAUUAGUGUGUUUACCAUUAACUUUGUUUUAUAGUUAUUAGUACUUUACUGUAGAUAUUUUAUACUUUAAUUAAAAAUACUUCUAAA